AUGGUUAAGGCUGUUGCUGUCCUCCGCGGUGACGCGAAGAUCUCUGGUACCGUCACCUUCGAGCAGGCUGACGAGAACACCCCCACCACCAUCUCUUGGAACAUCACUGGCCACGACGCCAACGCCCAGCGUGGCUUCCACGUCCACCAGUUCGGUGACAACACCAACGGCUGCACCUCCGCCGGCCCUCACUUCAACCCCUUCGGCAAGACCCACGGUGCCCCCGAGGACUCCGAGCGUCACGUCGGUGACCUGGGCAACUUCACCACCGAUGCUGAGGGUAACGCCGUCGGCUCCAAGUCCGACCCCCUGGUCAAGCUGAUCGGUGCUGAGAGCGUCCUGGGCCGUACUCUGGUUGUUCACGCUGGCACCGAUGACCUCGGCAAGGGUGGCAAUGAGGAGUCCAAGAAGACCGGCAACGCUGGCCCUCGUCCCGCUUGCGGGUACUGGUAUUCUUGUCUGCUCGACACCCUUUAUACUCUCGAUACUCUGUCGCCCAUGACCCUUGGUCUCACCGCCCUCCACACCGCCGUUGUAGGUCCAGCUCUUCGGUGUGUUUGUAGCCCGGCCGCGAACGCCCAGACCGCUUUCCCCACAAACACCGGCCACGUUUCGCCUCCGGAGCAGCUCGCCGCUCCCUUUGAACAAUUCCAUUCUUUUGUGAUUUGUGCUGUUCCUCAUCUCCACUGGGUCUCGUUGAUUUUUUUUUUCUGUGUUGAAAUUUGUUGCUGCCAUUGUGUGGUAGCGGUGUCCCCAUCCAGCAUGCCUUUCGAAGCCCGUGUGAAGUCUGUCCUGUCGGGCGAUACGGUCGUGCUGUCGCAUGUCACCAAUCCCACACAAGAACGCAUCCUGUCUCUGGCCUAUGUCUCAGCUCCCAGAUUAAGGCGGGAAGGUGAUGAGGCCUACGGCUUCCAGUCCCGCGAGUUCCUUCGCGAGCUUCUUGUCGGCAAAGUCAUCCAGUUCCAUGUCGUCUACACUAUUCCUACAGGCGCCAAGCGCGAAUACGGUAUCAUCAAGCUGCCUGGCUUCGAUGCUCAAUUGCCCGAUAUCAGUGUCCAGGAGGGCUGGACCCGCGUUCGUGAGGAAGCGGGUAAACGCAGUGAUGACUCUGGGGAAACCCUGGCCUUGUUAGACCGUCUGCGCGCACUAGAGUCGCUUGCCCAAGAUGAGAACAAGGGUGUCUGGGCGGCGUCGGACAAAGGCCAGAUCGAGACAAUCUAUGAGUUGUCAAGUGGCCAGCAGCUGGUGAGCCAGUUCAAGGGCCAGCAACUGGAGGGCAUCAUCGAGAAAGUCUUGAAUGGUGACCGUGUUGUGCUGCGUUUGCUGCUCGAGCCCCAGGAGCACCUGCAGACUGUCGUGGCAGUCGCCGGCAUCCGGGCUCCUGCUGCGAAGCGAACGACUGCCGAUGGCAAGGAGCAGCCUGCGGAGCCCUUCGGUGAUGAGGCACAGCAAUUCUUUGAAUCGCGUCUGUUGCAACGAAAGGUCAAGGUUUCCCUGCUUGGUGUCACUCCCCAGGGCCAGCUGGUUGCCACCCUUCUGCACCCCAAUGGAAACAUUGCUCGAUUCCUGCUGGAGGCCGGUCUGGCCCGCUGCCAGGAUCAUCAUUCCACCAUGCUUGGAGGAGACAUGGCCAUUCUGCGCCAGGCUGAGCGCACUGCCAAGGAUGCUCGCCUAGGUGUCUUCACUGGACAUGUUGGUGCCAAGGCUUCCGCCGGCGCGGCGGCAGACUACACCGUCAGCCGUGUUUUGAACGCCGAUACUAUUUUCAUUCGCAACAAGACUGGUGAGGAGAAGAAGAUUAGCCUCACCAGCAUCCGCCAGCCUAAGCCCUCUGACCCGAAGCAGGCUCCUUUCGCUGCCGAUGCCAAGGAGUUCUUGCGUAAGCGUGUGAUUGCAAAGCAUGUCAAGGUGACCGUCAAUGGCAAGAAGCCUGCCACUGAGGGCUACGAAGAGCGUGAGGUCGCUACUGUGGUGCAGGGCAAUACCAACGUGGGUCUGGCCCUUGUGGAGGCCGGUUAUGCCUCUGUGAUCCGACACCGCAUGGAUGAUGACGACCGAUCUCCCGAUUAUGACGACCUGCUCAUCGCCGAGUCUGAGGCACAGAAAGAGGGCCGUGGCAUGUGGUCUCCCAAGCCGCCUAAGGCUAAGCAGUAUCAGGAUUACUCCGAGAGUGUCCAGAAGGCCAAGCUGGAGGUCGGCGUCCUGCAGCGUUCUAAGCGCGUUCCCGCCGUUGUCGACUUCGUCAAGUCCGGCUCUCGUUUCACUGUUCUUGUACCCCGCGAGAACGCCAAGCUGACCCUCGUUCUGUCGGGCAUUCGUGCCCCUCGAUCUGCCCGCGGGCCGGGCGAGGCGGGCGAACCCUUCGGUCAGGAGGCGCACGAGCUGGCCAACCGUCGCUGCAUGCAGCGUGAUGUCGAGAUUGACGUUGAGACCAUUGACAAGGUUGGCGGCUUCAUCGGUACCCUGUAUGUCAACAAGGAGAACUUCACCAAGGUCCUGCUGGAAGAGGGUUUGGCCACGGUGCACGCAUACUCGGCCGAGCAGUCCGGUCAUGCCAACGAGUACUUUGCCGCCGAGCAGCGGGCCAAGGAUGCCCGCAAGGGCUUGUGGCACGAUUGGGACCCUAGUAAGGAGGCCGCUGAAGCCGAGGAGUCUGAAGCUGCCAACACCGGCACCGAGAGCGACGCGGCCCCGCUGUCUCGCAAGAAGGACUACCGCGACGUGAUGGUCACGUACAUCGAUCCGGCGUCUGGCAGUCUCAAGCUUCAGCAGAUCGGCACCGGCACCAGCGCGCUGACCGAGUUGAUGAGCGCCUUCCGCGCCUUCCACAUCAACAAGGCGAACGACACGCCGCUGCCCGGCCCUCCUAAGGCCGGUGACUGGGUUGCCGCGCAGUUCACGGAGGACGGUAACUGGUACCGUGCCAGGGUGCGCCGCAACGACCGCGAAAAGGAGCAGGCCGAGGUAGUCUACAUCGACUUCGGUAAUUCCGAGUCCCUGCCAUGGAGCAGCCUGCGCCCUCUCACCCAGCCCCAGUUCUCCGCCCAGAAGCUCCGUCCACAGGCCGUCGAUGCUGUCCUCUCCUUCCUGCAGUUCCCCGCCUCGCCGGACUACCUCGCCGAUGCCAUCGGAUUCGUCGGCGACCAGACCUUUGAUCGCCAGCUCGUCGCGAAUGUCGACCACGUCGACCCCGAGGGCAAACUGCAUGUUACGUUGUUGGACCCUGCCGUGUCGAAGAGCCUGGACCAGAGCAUCAAUGCAGACAUCAUUUUCGAGGGCAUGGCCAUGAUUCCGCGCAAACUGAAGGCUUGGGAGCGCGCGUCUGCGGAGACUCUGGAUAACCUGCGGGAACUAGAGGAUGAGGCCAAGGCUGAGCGCCGGGGUAUGUGGGAGUACGGCGACCUCACUGAGGACUAG